GGCUCCAGCGGGUGCGCACCUCCGGUCUCGAGAUGAGCCUUCGCGAGCGACGGUCCCGGCGACGGUGUGCCAGCCUCGUGCUGGCACUGGCUGCCCUUUGCUGGCCUUGCACCUUCACGCCCGGAAGCGCUGGAAGGCCGAGCAGCCGUCCUGUGGCACGAUGCGCCAUGCAGACAGUCGAAGCAAGUCAGGAUGACUUCGAGGGCGAGCAUAUCUACACUGACGUAGACCCUGCCAGUAUAGAUGUGGGUGAGGAGGAUGGAUAUACAUUCGAUGACGUGCCCUUGGAGGAUGAGAAGCCAGAAGACAUUGGACCAGUGCACUACUACGGAGUGACACAGGCGGAUGGCAUAGCGAUUUUCCAAAGUUCUGACCUUCGGGAGGAAGCCGAGAAGCUUUUCCCGGGUGACGUGGUCGCGGCGCAGGUUCCCAUCAACGGAAGCCUGGCUCGCCUGCUUGAUGGACGGGGCUGGCUUGAUUUGACACUGCUGGGGACUGAUCUUGAAGAGGUUCAGCCCUGGGCAGCGCAGAUCAUGAAGAAGCCAGGCAUCAGCAAAGCGGAUGCUGCAUCCUUGGGAUAUUUGUCUUUGGACGACUCCAAGUUGACGCCUCUGGCCCAGCAUUUGCCGCUUCCCCACCGCGUCGUGGCCCAGCUGGAGAAGAGGGGGGUUAGGAAGGCCUCGCCGAUCCAGGAGGCCGUGUUCGCAGACAUCUACAAGGGAAAGAGCUUCUGCCUGCAAAGCCAGACAGGCACUGGAAAGACCUUAGCUAUGCUUCUUCCCCUUCUAACCGCCAUGUCAGAGGAGUCACAGUGGGGUCCAGGCGGGGAUAAGAUCGUGGUGGUCACAUCCAGCCGCGAGUUGGCUGUGCAGCUAUUCUCAGAUAUUGACAGCAUGGGGUUCUACCCAAAGGGCAAGGGCUUCACGACCAUGGUCAUUGUUGGCAACGUGGCUCCCUCAAGCGCCGUGAUGGAUGCCAAUGUCAUCAUUGGAACUCCCAAUGAGUUGGGCGGAAUGCUGCACAAAGACAAUGACAUUGUGACAAUGCUGAACACCAAGCUCAGAGGCAUAGUUUUGGAUGAAGUUGACGAGUACACUACAGCUCCCCGAUUGUUUGCGUCCAAGUGGGCGAUCAAGAAGAAGCGGAGAAUUUACAACGAGAAGAAGCAGACAUUGUCUGGAAGGCUUGGCGAUUUUAAUACUGGUGUGAUUGAGUGGUUUUUGAAGAGGUCUCUUGCUUACUCGCGGCGACGCGACUUGCAAGUCUUGGCAGCAUCGGCCACUAUGAACAGAAACAUGGCAAGGAAGGUGUAUCGGCUUCUAAGAUGGGACCCGCUUGGAAGAUGGUACAACAAGCCUCCUCCAUUCAUGCGCCCCAUCUCCAUGAUGAAGGCUGAAUGGCAGUCCGUUCCAAUGAUGCCAACUCUUCCGCUAGACAUCAAGCAUCGCUAUGUGCCUGUGAUUCCAUCAGACACCGACACCAACAUCAGCAACAAGCACUGGACUCGCAAGCCAUAUGCCUAUGGCGGGCUGCCCAGGCUGAAGGUAAAAUCACUGAAUGGGCAAAGAGGCAUGGGGCAGCGGCCGGUGGCCAAAGAGAAGGCCAUCGCCAUGCUGGAUGGGCUGCACGAUGCGCUGAGGCGGGCGAGGGGCGACGCAAUGAUGGGACUCCCAAGGAACCGCAAAGGCGGCUCUUCGCUGCUUGUGAUUUGCCGCUCCGUGGGCGUCACCGUGCGGGAAGCGGUGAGAAUGCUGCACGAGUGGGGCUUCCAUGAGGCAGAGGCGGUGCAUGAGUCCUUGUGGACGGAUCCCAAGGAUUGGCCGAGCCGUUGGGCCAUCAAGUACAACUACGACCAGCAAGACAAGGCGGUGGAGCUGGGCCGGCGGCACCAGGAGCUCAACGAGCGCGCCCGCAGCGGUCAGAACAAGGAGCUGCCGGUGGGCAGCUACGAGUGGCAGGAGGUCCAGCGUCGCAAGGAGGCGGGCGAGGCGACGGCGCCGGUUUUGGUGGGCUUCGAGGGCCUGGGCCGUGGCAUUCAUUUUGACGGGGUGGAGACGGUCUACAUCCUGGGCUUGCCGCAGAAGCCCUCGGCCUACAUGCACUAUGCCGGGAGGGUGGGCAGGCUGGGCCAGAAACCUGGCAAGGUCGUCUCCAUCCUUCCCAAGGCAGGGGCAAAAGUGCUGCAGGCCUGGGCCAGCAAGAUAGGCCCGGGUGUCCACUUCAAGCGCGAAGCCAUCGAGCGCAUCCGGAGUGCUGAGGUGCAUGAUGUGGAAUCAUACAAGCUGCCGCUGCGGUCGCGGCGACGCCUGGAGAGGGAAAGGCCCAGGCGGAAAGAAGAGAAGAAGCCCCUGCUGCUACCUGAGCCUGAAGACCCCUUGCGUAUGCCAACCUGGGAGGAUGAGGAGCUGGAGCCAGAGGAGCUUGAGCCGGAGCGCGUCCCCAUUCCGGAAAAGGUGGCAGAUGCUGUCCGGCAAAAUGGCCGAGCCGGAGAAGUGGGUCUGAAGAAAGUGGCGGCAGAGUUGCAGAGGGCCACAUCCAGGUGGCCAGGGCCAGAGCGGGUGCCUCGCUACGUCACUAGAGGAGAGAGGUGGAAGAUAGAGAGAGCUGAAAGGCGAAAGCCGAAGCAGUGAUUAAUUCUGACACAAUGCUUUUGGGGCUGCAGAGUCCCUCAUGUCCAAAGUUACAACGCGUGUCAUUGGUGAAAGAUUCAAUGAUCUCGCACAUGAGCAAAAUCGGCAGGAG